AUUUCCCAUUUUUAGCCGUCCAAGAAGAAGAGGGAAAUUUGCCAAAACUGAACAUCACGAUGCAUAUGUGAUAAGACCCUCACUUGCUCCUUUGACCAACCAAGAACGACCACGAAACAACACCAGACCAAGGCCUGCUCAUCUCUUUCUGCCUGUUUAUUCUUCUGCUCCAAUGUCGCAUUCUGGCCAACAACUCCCCUGCGAUGGAGAUGGCAUUUGCAUGAUUUGCCACAAUGCGCCAUCAUACUUAGAGAUUCUCACCUGCAAAACAUGUGUUGCUCCCUGGCAUGUUACUUGCCUUUCCUCUCGCCCACAAAACUUAGCCGGUACUCUCGACUGGGACUGUCCGGACUGCUCUACGCUCAAUCUGGCGUCCGCAGGAGGGUCCCAGAGUAGCUCCUCCGGUUUGAUCUCUGCGAUUCGGGCGAUCGAGUCUGAUGAUUCGCUUUCUGAUUUGGAGAAGGCCAAGAGACGGCAGCAGUUAAUGAGCGGAAGCGUGCGUUUGUCUGAAGGCGCGGACGCCAAUUCCGAUAAGAGGAGGAUCAACGGUGAUAAUGAUAUACUCGAUUUUCUCGAUGGCGGAUUCAACUGUUCGUUUUGCAUGCGGUUACCUGAUAGGCCAGUUACGACACCAUGUGGUCAUAACUUUUGCCUCAAGUGCUUCCAGAAAUGGAUUGGACAAGGAAAGAGCACAUGUGCAAAUUGCCGCAAUCAAAUCCCCCCCAAGAUGGCGAGCCAACCUCGAAUCAAUUCUGCACUUGUUGUUGCCAUCCGCAUGGCAAAAAUGUCGAAAUCAAGUACUUCUGGGGGACCUCCUAAGGAAUAUCAUUUUGUCCACAAUCAAAACAGGCCGGACAAAGCAUUUACAACUGAGAGAGCAAAGAGAGCUGGAAAGGCUAAUGCUUGCAGUGGAAAGAUUUUUGUCACUGUUCCCCCUGAUCACUUUGGGCCAAUUCUUGCUGAGAAUGAUCCAGUAAGAAACCAAGGUGUUUUGGUUGGAGAGUUGUGGGAAGAUAGACUAGAGUGUAGACAGUGGGGUGCCCACCUUCCCCAUGUUGCAGGUAUUGCUGGUCAGUCAACUUAUGGUGCCCAAUCGGUGGCCCUCUCUGGAGGUUAUGUAGACGAUGAGGACCAUGGUGACUGGUUCCUUUACACUGGGAGUGGAGGAAGGGACCUGAGCGGCAAUAAACGCACAAAUAAGGCACAGUCCUUCGAUCAGAAAUUUGAAAAGUUGAAUGAGGCUUUACGAGUGAGUUGCCUUGAAGGAUAUCCUGUGAGAGUAGUGAGGUCUCACAAAGAGAAGUGCUCUUCUUAUGCCCCAGAAAAGGGUGUGCGUUAUGAUGGUAUUUAUAGGAUUGAGAAGUGCUGGCGUAAGAAUGGAAUGCAGGGCUACAAGGUUUGUAGGUAUCUUUUUGUUAGAUGUGACAAUGAACCUGCUCCAUGGACAAGUGAUGAUCUUGGGGAUCGUCCAAGGCCUCUGCCAGUCAUCAGGGAGUUAGAGAAUGCAAUUGAUAUAACUGAAAGGAGGGGAUCUCCAUCCUGGGACUAUGAUGAGGAAAAAGGUUGUUGGAUGUGGAAGAAACCUCAACCAAGCAGUAGAAAACAGGUUAAUGGUGGAAAUCCAGAAGACGGUGUGAAAAUAAUGAAAGUGAGGCGGCAAGGAAAGAAUGUGCUCAUGAGCCAAAAGUUUCUAAAAGAGUUAAGCUGUCAAAUUUGUCAUAAGAUGAUGACUAACCCUGUUACUACCCCUUGUGCGCACAAUUUUUGCAAAGCAUGCCUAGAGGGUUCUUUUGCUGGUCAAAGUUUUAUGAGGCAGAGGACAUGUCAAGGAAGACGGACGUUAAGGGUGCAGAAAAAUGUUAUGAAAUGUCCAUCUUGUACAAAUGACAUAGCCGACUUUCUUCAAAAUCCACAGGUUAAUAGAGAGUUGAUGGGUGUUAUUGAAUCAUUACAACGCAGAAAUGCAGAGUUUGAAACUUUUGAUGAUUCCACUGAAGAAAGUGAUGUCACGCAUGAGAAAACACAGGCUGUUGCUGACACAGAAAUCUGCAAUAUAAAUAGUGAACUUAAGGAAGAAGCCAAAGCUAACAAUUUGAUGCAUCAAUCAGAAACAAAUCCCCAGCAAUCAUGCAAGGAGGGAAGUGAUGGAAAUGACAAGUCAGGCGUUGUUAGGCAGAAGGAAGGGGAAUUACUUGAGCAACCUGAUAAUGUGAAUGGUGAAAUUGAAAUGAAUACUAGCAACUCCAAAAUAGCUGACAGUAAAGAACAAACAACUACUGCCACAGUUGAGCAGACCUACAAGAGAAAAGAUACUAACGAUGAAGAAAGCCAGCUGGCUGGAGUUCAGACCAGCAGCAAGAAGGCUAAAUUGAUGGUGGAACAAUGAAGAGAUGCUUCUUCUGGGUCAUACAAUGAUUUGAUUUACAUGACCAUAGCCUACAGCAUAUGUUUUAUGUGUGGUUGGUGUGAUAGGUAGUUGGUCAUUACCUUAUAUGUAUUGUAAUGGGUGGUUAGUUUUAUCACAGUACAGUUUUAUAUGUAUAUUUUCACAGCUCUUAGGCCAAAGAUUCAGAACUAUUAUUACUGUGAAGUGUGAAUCACCAUACCAAAAACAUUGAGGGGAAAAUAAGGAUGUCUAAGGUUAUCAAUAAGAUAAAUGUUUUAUUCUGGUCA